CAGAGAUUGAAAAGAUGUCUGGCGAUCAAGGCGGCGGCGUUCCGUACAUCGGAUCGCGGAUCAGCCUGAUCUCGAAGACAGACAUUCGCUAUGAAGGCCUGUUGUUCAACAUUGACACUCGACAAAGCAUGGUGGCGCUGCAGAACGUUCGUUCCUUUGGGACCGAAGGGCGGCGUCCAGACCACAUUCCGCCGUCGGACACGGUGCUCCAAUACGCCACGUUUAAGGCGUCGGAGAUCAAAGAUUUGCACGUGUGUGAAGCUGCAGCACCUCCUCCUCUUCCCCCCAAGCAACAGAAGCAUGUAGCUCCCCCGCCACCUCCAUCCCCGAAAGCGCUCGUCCAGCCGCCUCCUCAACCUGUAACAGUCGCGCAACAGCCCCCAUUUCCGCAACCACAUCGCGCACCCCCUCCGCUUCCAAAGCAGCCCGUUGCGCAACCUGGAUCAGCCUCCCAGUACCAGCAGCCUCCAUUGCCCAGCGCCGCUCGUCCGGCCUCACCCAAGCGAACAUUCGUGCCUCCGACUUCAAGUGCGCUGCUGACCCCGGGCGCCAUGUCCAAGUCGAACACGUCGCAUGCAGUGCAGCAUGUCGAGCAGCACCAAUCUGAUUCUCAACGCCAGCAGCAACCUUCUCGCCAAGUGGACCACCCUCCUCGCCAGCAGCCAUCCCGUCAAGAGUAUGCUGCCACGUCGUCGGCGUACCACAACGUGAACCCUCCCGCUCCGUCGUCUUCUUCGCAGUCGAAUGCUGCUUCCCGGACGAUUCCUGGCAUGGGUGGUCACCUGUUGCGACGAAAGGAACGUCGCGUAAACAACGAGACGGGGCUGCCCGAAGGCGGCGCCACGGCCACGGGGGGCGAGUUUGACUUUGCCGGGGGCUUGGGCGACUUUGACAAGGAGAAGGAGUUUUCCAAGCUCACAGUCCAAGAAACCUCGCGCCCCGUGGUCAAAGGGUCGUACCAGAAGUCGUCGUUCUUCGACACGAUUUCGUGUGAUGCGUUGGAUCGGUUGGAAGGCAACGGCGGCGGGCGCAUGCGGGCGCAAGAGGAGCGCAAACUCAACACGGAAACGUUUGGGGCCGUGAGCCUCAACAACCGCCGACCUUACCGCGGCAACCGCCGCAAUGGCAAUGGCAAUGGGGGGUACAAUGGAGGCUACAAUGCCAAUGGAAACGGCCAACGCAACAACUUUUACGCCGGCCAACCCCAAGGAGGGUCUCAGCCCCGCCACCAUAAUGGCCCGGACGGCAACCGCGGGCAUCAUCGCACGUCGAACAACCUCCAACAAGCGCAGCCCCGACAACAAUAUGGCGGCAACCGUCACGGCCAAGCUGCGGCGACGCCAAACGAGUAAACACGCACAAGUAUGACACGACGAGGUCGUCUUAGGUAGAUGGAGUACCAGUUGGAGAAUGCUGCUACGGGUAUAGAUAACGUAAUAGCUAUCGUUGGAAUUCAAGCUGUAGUAAUACUCCAGUCUCA